CUGAGCCCAUGGGAGUGACGGGUGAUUCCUGAGCUUACAUGCGGCACCGGUCUAGUGGCCUUCCCUUUGAUUGUCAAGGACUUGCCCAGCCCCCAACUGUCAUAGAUAUACCCGUUGGUUCCUCGACCUGUGCCUAACACGGUGGGCGUUCUCCACGAUUAUUUUUGCCAUCCUUCUUCUCCUCCUCCCCUUUAGUUGAUGAUUUUCUAUAUUUUGGUUUUUUCGUCAUUUGUAUUUUCUCUCUUGUUGUUGCAUUCUCGGCUGCUUUGCUCGUUGAGCUUAUUACAGCUCCGGGCCUCACCAGCCCAAGGUCUUUUUCAGCACGAGAGACGUGUCGCCAUUGCGGGGUCUUCAUUCAUUUCAGCGUCGCAUCUACUCACAAACGACAAUUCAGCGCAAUCGCAGUCAUGAGAAUUGGGUGCUUGCAGUUUGCGCCCCAGGUGGGAGAUGUCGAUAAUAAUUUGAAUCGUGCGGAUUCAGUAUUAUCGAGGGCAAACCCAGAUGAUCUGGAUCUCCUUGUGUUGCCCGAGCUGGCUUUCUCUGGUAAUUUAUUUAGAGUGGAUGAAGUUGAUUGAUUUCUGUUGACUUCCUUCACCAUCCUGUUCUACAGACUCUUGACUAUGCGAUGCUAACAACUUGAGAAGGGUACAACUUCAAAUCACUGCACGAUAUUGCUCCUUUUCUUGAGCCCUCUGGUUCCGGCAUCACGUCUCUCUGGGCCAGGACCAUCGCCCUCAAAUACAACUGUACCGUGACGGUUGGAUACCCUGAGAAAGUCGACGUCACACCAAAGUGGCCUACAGGUCCUGAAUAUUAUAACUCUGUCAUUGUCGUCAAUGGGGAUGGAGAGACAAUAGCGAACUACCGGAAAUCCUUUUUAUACCAAACAGAUGAAACCUGGGCACUAGAAGGAGGGCAAGGGUUUUACGAGGGCUUCAUUCCUGGACUGGGAAACACCUCAAUAGGAAUCUGCAUGGACUUAAAUCCCUAUAAGUUUGAAGCGCCAUGGCAUGCCUUCGAAUUUGCCUAUCAUAUCCUCGAAGUAGAGUCAAAUCUCGUCAUUGUGUCUAUGGCCUGGAAUACCAGAGAGGAUCCUCGUCGGUUUACCCGCAUGCCCAACGAACCUGACAUGGAAACACUUACUUAUUGGGUUACUCGACUUGAGCCUCUCAUUCGCGCAGAGAAUGAAGAUGAGAUUAUUGUUGUAUUCUGUAAUCGCACAGGGAAUGAGGAUGAGGCUCUAUAUGCCGGUACCAGUGCAGUCAUCGGUAUCCAGGACGGCGAGGUUAGAGUUUACGGUCUUUUAGGACGUGGGGAAAAAGAGUUGCUGGUCGUCGACACCAAUAACUCACCUUACGCAAAACUUGUCUAUCGCCCGGACCCACGAGGCGCUGGCAUGGAGGCACCGGGAAGACUGCAACGAAAUGAUGAGACCAACAAUCCCCGGUCCAAUGAAGUCCGCCAUUCCUCAGAGGAUUCGAAGAAAGACGUCCAGACCCAAAGUUCCUUGAAUAGCGUGGCCAGUUCGCAUCCUUCAGGCUCAACCGCACUAGGGCAUCACAUCUCCUCUAUGUCACAACGCUGUACUCUGCCGAAAGACGGGUCUCAUGACUCUACGAGAAGACGACAGGCACCAACGAUUACUAUUCCGCCUGCCCCAGGAUUGGUUAUGAGCAACUCGGCUCGUUCUCCUGGCACAGAUAGUCUCAACAUUCCUACACCAUCGGCGCCUAGUCCAACACCCAUGUCUGUGCGACCCAGGCUCAUCAUUCCCGAAUCGCCUCCCAUUCUCCCUCACCAGUAUCCGCCAGAUCAUCCCAUCAGCGCUGCAUCUCUGAGAUCAGAAAGAUCAGUGCGAUCUAAUAUGUCUCAGGCAUCCAAUGCAACUGUACAGACACGCCCACCAGAAGAUAGUACGCCGUACCCUAAUAGCGCAGCUCCUCUCAGCGGCUACCCGACGAACACUUUCAAGCUCAAAGAUCAUCCAUACAGUCAUCAAUUUACCGUUGCUUCUCCAGAUGAUGGAAGAACACCCUUGUCCCUUGAUGGAAUGUCCCCAUUAGAUGGUCCGCGGUUUUGGAUGCCUCCCGAUUCCGCUAGCUGGACACCCGCUACUGCGGUGGGCAGGAAGCCAGAACCAUUUCCCUGGUCAGAAAUCACAGGCGAGAUACGACCCCUCAGUACUGGAACAUUACAAAACCGCAGCCAGAGCAAUGCAACCCCGAAGGAUCUGAGAGCAUUCAGUCCCCUGUCAAAUACUUCGUCGAACAGAACCAAUGAAACAAUUAUAUCCGAAUCAUCUGAGGCAUCCAGAGCCUCUAGAUCUUCACGGGCAUCUAGGGGGACAGCGAAAUCACCGACAAAGCAUGAUGCCAGUUUUGCCAGACCACCAUCCCCAAAGUCCCGAAACGCAAGCCGUACGGGAACAAGGGAAAGAUCUGAUUCAGCACUUGAAGAUCGUGAUAUCAGUAAUGCUAUUACACAGCAUCUUGAGGGAAUCUCUCAGCGUGCCGAGUCUGCCAGCAGAUUAAGAUCUGAGUCUGCAAACGGCUUGCGUGCUCACGACUGGCCUCAUCUGAGAGAUCGCAGCAACACUCGCCCUAGGUCUGCCAUCAUUCCACCAACAGAAGAUCAUAUGAUACCAAUAGCUGCAAGCCCGAGUCUAUUCAGGAACAACAACAACUAUAGUGCGGGUCGACCGCCUUCACGGGGAGGCCAUCAAAUCCGCGGGGAGCCACUGAAUAACCUUGACGAUGUUCUUCAGACCAUCAGCGGCGAGCGGGCUAGAACAGCGGCUGAUCCGGCCAAUACGACUCAACGCGCAGCAAGCCGUGGUCGAAUGCCACAGCCCAAGCCUCUGGCAACAAAUGGAGCUUAUGAUUUGACGAUGCCGACCGCGGAACGUUCCUCUUCUCGAGACUCGACUCGCAACGAGCUACUGCAUAGCAGAACGAGCCAGCACCGGUCACGAGGACGACAAUCUCGAACAAGGAGAACCUCGUCGGGUCAGCAUGGUCGCAUGCCCUCCCACGAUAAUCUCCCUCGUGGAUUUGAGCGAGUAGAAUCCGUUGUCUGUCCUAAUUGCCCUGUUCACGGACGAAAUCCUUCUGCAAGUGGGAACCGCCACACUGAAAGCGCACCUCCAAUGGACUAUCAUGCUUCGAGACCUGUUACUGUCAGGCCAAUAAGCUCAUCGCCACCAGACAGGACUGACUCUGCUCCUGCAUCUGUAUCCACUGCGAGUGCCAUCGUCGAACGAAGCAAUAAUUCGACAAAUGAGCCAACUCCACAACUAGAUUAUGCGCCUUUGACCACACCCGGACCCGGCGAAAAACCACAGGACAAAAACCACGAAUAUGUAACCAAUGAAGUUGGAGAGGCCAGCGACUCAGGGUCAUUUGCGGAGACGUUGCAAACUAUUUCGACUCCUGGACGGUCUCCCGCCACACCAUCGUUUUUUAAUCCCAGCACUCCCAAAGCUAUGGUUUUCAAAAGUGAGGAUUUGGAAGUUGACCCAUCACUCAUCAAUAACCUCAACAAUUUUGACAUACCUCCGGCUUCUCUUCCUGAAGCAGACACUGUCCAAGUGGCAUAAACAUCUGCCUGGGUAGCCAACCCAGCUCAGAGCCCUUUUUGGCUUUUGUUUUGAUACUCUUUUCUCGCUCACUUUCUCUACCUCACGAUACACAUGUCAGCGUUGUUUGUACUUUGCAAUGAACUCAAUGGUAGGGGAGGCACACUUAAUAGCCUUAUCAUGGAUGCUGUUGACUCAACAAGGAUCCUGAAUGGUGGAUGGCUAUAACAACCGUCUUGAGGUGGGAUGAAGGACUUAUGACAACCCACUGGCCUUUGCUAGCAUUAGAUGGGUGUUCAUGUACUCUUUUUUGGGUGGGGGAUAUGGUAUUCUUAUGUUCACUGGAGACUUGGCCCUCACAAAAUUUUCUUUGUUUCGCGACGUUGAAAUAGUGGGCGAGCUUUGGAGUAGGCAUUUAGCAUUUACGCAGUAUGUAGAUAAUGACACUGGAUAGCAGCUGAAUAAAGAAAACAUAAACAUCAGAAUUGAAACCAGG